AUGUACAAGUAUGGAUCAAAUGAUGAAACUGAUGAUAUCUUGGAAUUUGAUGCUACUUUUGAUUUAACACAAGACUCCGCUUUAUUAAACCUUAACGAUGAUCUUUAUGCGCUUGGAUGUGUACUUAAUUUUGUUCUAAUCUUGUUGAAACAGGUUGUUUUUUGUGACAUGGAAUCGGAUUCUGCUUCUAAUCAUGAUGAGGACUCCAAACAAAGAGGUCCGACAACAAAAGCAAAAUCUAAGUUCACGAAACUUGUAAUAAGUUACAAUAAAAAAGGUGUCCCAGUUGGAAAGGAAGCCCCAAAACUAUCUACUUUUGAGGGUUUGGUUGCAAGAACAGUGGUUCCCAUAACUUAUGAGUCUUCGUUGGAAGAAAAAUUUGUAAUUGACCCAAAGGGCCGGAAGCAAACUCUCCAAUCGAUCGGGAAGAAAUGGAGAAACUUCAACAUUAUCUAUAUGCCAAGUUCAUUAAGAACCGAAAUGCAAGAAACCGACAAGACGGAACAGAAGAUUGAUAGGAGAAUGUUCUGGAAAAAAGCAAGAGAAUUGAAGACAGGAGGAUACGAAUCAGAUGUCAAGAUGAUUGUUGAUAGAAUUGAUGAGUUGCAGAAAUCGGGAACAGCCUGGGCGUGUAUGAGGGAUGGGUAA